AUGUGGGGACGGAUUACGGAGUCCUUCAGCAAGGUCAAGAAGAAGGCAGAUGAGGUAGCGAAUUCCGUUCAAUCGAGCACCGCUCUGUUUACGCGGGCUCGCGAUGUGCUGCUGACGUUUGGCGGAGGACACGAGACAGCAGCAGCAGCAGCUGCUGCUGCUGCUGCAGGCUUCGCAGGGCUGACAGCAGAGCAGCUGCUGACGCUCCUUGAGCAGCAAGCAGCAGAUGUAAGAUCCCUAGACGAACUGCAGCAGCUGCUGCAUGUAUGGACAACCUUGCUGCAGCACGAUGAUGAUCCAAAUGCCCCUCGUUUUCCCUCUGGUGACUUAGAGCAGCAGCAGCAGCAACAGCAGGAGCAGCAGCAGCAAGAUGCAUCCAGCAGCAGCAGCUCAGCUGCUGCAGGCCAUUCCCAACAGCAGCAGCAGCAGCAGCAGCAGCAGCGAGUGUGCAGCGACUUCGCUAAACAGGUUAUAGAGGAGCAGCAAAUGCUCUCCUCCUUGCAGCUGCCACAGAAACUCUUAAGCCAGGACUUCGGCUUCUCAGAGGUCAGCAGCAGCAGCAGCAGCAGCAGCAGUAGCAACGGCAGCAGCAGCAGCAUCAACAGGCCGCAGCUGCUGCUGCGCUCCAUCGCUAGGAGGCCGCAGCUGCGGGCAGUUUUUCUUGCCAAGGUGCAGCAGCAUGCGCAAUUUAUUCAGCGGCAGCAGCAGCAGCAGCAACAACGGAAGCAGCAGCAACAGCAACAGCAGCAAGAGGAGGGCAUCCCGCCACCACCACCACCGCCCCCAACGUCGCCUCCGCCGAAGCUGCAGCAGGUGCAACAGCAGCAGCAGCAACAGCAGCAGCAGCAGCAACAGCAGCACCAUGGAGAGGGAGACGCAGCGUCUGAAAUGCAGUUUGCUGCUGCAGCAGCAGCAACACAUGAGGAAGAAAUGCCUGACAAGGCAGAGAUGCUGCUUCAGCUGUUGCUGUUGCUGCUGCAGCAGACGCUGCAGCUGUCCUCGCAGCAAUGCUUGCGGCUGCUUGUUGCGCUGCUGCAGUCUGCUGCUGUUGUUGCAGAGACAGAAGUUGCACUGAGGAGGCUAAGGGAGCAAGCAGCACUCAAGCAGCAGCCGCGACGGCAGCAGCAGCAGCAGCAGCACGAGUCAAAGAGAGGUGACGCAGAGGAAGGUGGAUCCCUGCAGCAAGAGAAGCAGCAGGAGGAUGAAGGCAACACCUCUGCUGCAGCAGCAGCAGCAGCAUCUGCUGCUGGUGCCGAUGCAUCUCUUGGUGGUUUCUUGGAGGAGGAGGAGCCUUUGCUGCAGGACAUGUCUGUUGCUGCAGCACGUGGUGUAUCUGCUGCUCUUGCUGCAGCAGCACUGCUGCAGCGGCGGCAGCAGCAGCAGCGGCUCAACUAUCAGGUGUAUAGGCUGCAGCAAGAUGCUUCUGUCUUGGGAAGAAAGAUAGAGAACUGUGAUAUGCCACUGGCAGAGGAUGCAGAUGCGGAGAAGCUUUUUGUACCGCAAAACAUGCGGUUGCGGGCGAGCAGCAGGUUGCUGCAGCAGACGGUGCUGCUGCAGCAGCUGAAGCAGAAGCAGCACGAGUUGCUUCCCAAAGCUGCAGCAGAGGCACUGGAGGGUAUAAAGCUGCUGCAGCAACAGCAGCAGCAGCAAGCUGCUUCCUGGCAGAAGCAGCAGGAGGCAUCCGAUGCCUUCUUGAACAAACUGCGUAUUGGGGAGGCUAAGGAAACUCUUAGAGCAGCGCAUGAGGCGGAGGAGCAGCUGCACUUGGAGGUGCAGCAAGAACAGAGCAGCAGCAAGAAGCUGGAGAGGCAGCAGCAGCAGCAGCAGCAGCAAUGGAAUGUAACAAGAGACAGUUUGCUGCUCUUCCAGCAGGCAGCACUUGAUGCAGCAGCAGCACAUAGCGAAGCAGCAGAAGUCUCUGCUGCAGUUGCAGAGGCAGAUGCAAAGGAGCUAGAAAACUCUCUGCAGACGUUGGUUUGUCGUCAUUUCGCCUUCGAGAAGAAUCGCGUGCAGCAGCAAGCAGCAGCACUGCGUCAGUGCAUGCGUACGUUAGAUAAGCAGGAGCAGCAGCAGCUGUUGCUGCAGCGGCAACGGGAGCAGGCGCAGCUGGAGGGAGACGGAGGAGAUGGGCUAACAGACUAUGAGCUGCAGCUGCAAGAAGAAGAAGAGCAGCAGCAGCAGCAACUGCUGCAUAAACAAUUCCUUAAGAGCCUGCAGCGGCUCGUUGUCGCCUUUGAGGAGUCGCAGGCAUUUUUGCAGGCGCAUGCAGAUACACUGCAGGAGGCUCUGCAGCAGCAGCAGCUGCUGCUGCGGCAUAAACAGCAGCAACAUGGCAGCCAGUCGUCUUCCUCCUCCUCAUCCGCUGUUGCUGCUGCUACAGCUGGGAAUGCCCAAGAGCAACAGGAAGCAGCAGAAGCAGCACGUGCUGCAUUGAGAGAGAUUGCUGCUGUGUACAUGCAGGCCCAGCAGGAAGCUCAGCCUUACGUACAAAGCAUCCAGGCCGCGAUGUCGGGGAAGAAGGCGCCGCUGCUGCGGGAAGCAGCAGCAACACCAGUGUCUGUGUCUGACGUUUCAGCAGCAGAAGGAGCAGAAGGAGCAGAAGCAGCAGAUAUCAGCAAUACUGCAGUAGUGGACAAGUCGGUUGCAUGGUUGGCCUCCUGCGAUAACGCGGAUGGUGUCCUGGCGUCGCCAGCAGCAGCAGCUGCUGCUGCUGCAGCAGCUGCAGCAGCAGCAGCUGCUGCUGCUACAAAGCCAGGCAAAGGCCUCCAGUUGUUUACUCUAGAUGCAGAUAGCGGCCCCCCUACACCUGAGCUAGAGGCUGCUGCUGCUCCUGCCAAGUCGCCGCAACAUGUCGGCGCCGAGGUUGCGGCUGCUCUUACAGCAGCUGGUGCUGCACCUGCUGCUGCUGCUGAUGAAACGCCUGCUGCACCGUCUCUGCAGCGAAGCAAGGAAGCCCGCAUGCUCAUUCACCCUCUUAAGGCAGUAGUGAGAGGCUUAUAG